CCGCGUGGGUGAGUGAAUGUGAGAGUCAGCGUCGCGCCGCGCGCACCGCCCGCCUCCGCCGCUCGGCGCCCUUAUUUCGGCUGCGAGGGGCGGGCGCGCGCGUAAAGGCAUAGAGACGAGCGUUGAGCUUUCGGGCUAGAGCGUCGCCGAGUCGGAGCCGGAGCCCGAGCCGCGCGCUGUGUCUCCGCUGCGUCUGCCGAGGCCCCCGAGUGUCAGGGACAAAAGCCGCCGCCGCGCCGCCUGCUCCCGUCGCCGGGGCUCAUCCGCUGCCGCCGCCACCCUGAGGAGAGUCCGCCGCCGUCGCCAGCCGUGAGGAUCCGAGAGCCAUGUCGGCCAGCAGCCUCUUGGAGCAGAGACCAAAAGGUCAAGGAAACAAAGUACAAAAUGGAUCUGUACAUCAGAAGGAUGGAUUAAAUGAUGAUGAUUUUGAACCUUACUUGAGUCCACAGGCAAGGCCCAAUAAUGCGUAUACUGCCAUGUCAGAUUCCUACUUACCCAGUUACUACAGUCCCUCCAUUGGCUUCUCCUAUUCUUUGGGUGAAGCUGCUUGGUCUACUGGGGGUGACACAGCCAUGCCCUAUCUAACUUCUUAUGGACAGCUGAGCAACGGAGAGCCUCACUUCCUACCAGAUGCAAUGUUUGGACAACCAGGAGCCCUGGGUAGCACUCCAUUUCUUGGUCAGCAUGGUUUUAAUUUCUUUCCCAGUGGGAUUGACUUCUCAGCUUGGGGAAAUAACAGUUCUCAGGGACAGUCUACUCAGAGCUCUGGAUAUAGUAGCAAUUAUGCUUAUGCACCUAGCUCCUUAGGUGGAGCCAUGAUUGAUGGACAGUCAGCUUUUGCCAGUGAGACCCUCAAUAAGGCUCCUGGCAUGAAUACUAUAGACCAAGGGAUGGCAGCACUGAAGUUGGGUAGCACAGAAGUUGCAAGCAAUGUUCCAAAAGUUGUAGGCUCUGCUGUUGGUAGUGGGUCCAUUACUAGUAACAUCGUGGCUUCCAAUAGUUUGCCUCCAGCUACCAUUGCUCCUCCAAAACCAGCAUCUUGGGCUGAUAUUGCUAGCAAGCCUGCAAAACAGCAACCCAAGUUGAAGACCAAGAAUGGCAUUGCAGGCUCAAGUCUUCCACCACCCCCAAUAAAGCAUAACAUGGAUAUUGGAACUUGGGAUAACAAGGGUCCUGUGGCAAAAGCCCCCUCACAGGCUUUGGUUCAGAACAUAGGUCAGCAGCCAACCCAGGGGUCUCCCCAACCUGUAGGUCAGCAGGCUAACAAUAGCCCACCAGUGGCUCAGGCAUCAGUAGGGCAACAGACACAGCCAUUGCCCCCACCACCACCACAGCCUGCCCAGCUCUCAGUGCAGCAACAGGCAGCUCAGCCAACCCGCUGGGUAGCACCUCGGAACCGUGGCAGUGGGUUCGGUCAUAAUGGGGUGGAUGGUAAUGGCGUAGGACAGUCUCAGGCUGGAUCAGGAUCUACUCCUUCUGAACCUCACCCAGUGUUGGAGAAGCUGCGGUCCAUUAAUAACUACAACCCCAAGGAUUUUGACUGGAAUCUGAAACACGGCCGGGUCUUCAUCAUUAAGAGCUACUCUGAGGACGAUAUCCACCGUUCCAUUAAGUAUAAUAUCUGGUGCAGCACAGAGCAUGGUAACAAGAGACUGGAUGCUGCUUAUCGCUCCAUGAACGGGAAAGGCCCCGUUUACUUACUUUUCAGUGUCAACGGCAGUGGACACUUCUGUGGCGUUGCAGAAAUGAAAUCUGCUGUGGACUACAACACGUGUGCAGGUGUGUGGUCCCAGGACAAAUGGAAGGGUCGUUUUGACGUCAGGUGGAUUUUUGUGAAAGACGUUCCCAAUAGCCAACUGCGACACAUUCGCCUAGAGAACAACGAGAAUAAACCAGUGACCAACUCCAGGGACACUCAGGAAGUGCCUCUGGAAAAGGCUAAGCAGGUGUUGAAAAUCAUAGCCAGCUACAAGCACACCACUUCCAUUUUUGAUGACUUCUCACACUAUGAGAAACGCCAAGAGGAAGAAGAAAGUGUUAAAAAGGAACGUCAAGGUCGUGGGAAAUAAGAGGUGGUUCUGCACAGACUGCAGCAACGGUUGCAUCUGCAUAUCCUAAGAGGAAAAAAAUGACCUUCAAGAGAAUUAGGACUUUUUUCUUAAUUUCAUUGACUUCAGAGACGAUUGCAGACUUGCAGUUUAAGUAUUGGAAUUUCACAAAAGACAUAGGACUUAACUGGAAAAUGAAAAAAAAAAGAAAAAGAAAAAACUAAACAAAAAAUCCCUCUAGAUAGUUUAGGUGAAAAAUGUCCCUUUUAUUUUGGCUUUGGUUGUGAUUUCAGAGCAUAAUGCUUUGUUUUUUUGUCUUUUUACUAUGUUUUUCGGAUUUUAAAGUCCGUAAGUGCAUACAGUUUUCUCUAAUUUUUAAACCCUUUCCUCCCCCCAUUUUGACAUUUGCACUUGGAGAACACUUGAGUUUUGAAGGUUUUGGGCAUCCACCCCAGAAAGUGGGAAUUUGGUUUUUCCCUUCCGAACUGGAAGAACAUUUUUAUGAAGAAUUUUUGUCUUGGAGAAUUUAACAGUGUUACCCAAGGUUGUGUCUUUAAGGGUGGUUCAUUUUCUCUGACCCUUUGUUACUCAAAGUAAAAUACUAGGAGUCCUAAGAAAUGUUCUGUUCUUGUACAUUAUACUGAUUAAGUCAGGAUUAAUUUGAAGCUAAGAACAGUGGUAAAAACUUGUUUACAGAAAUGCAUUUUGGAAGAGAAAAGUAUUGUAAAACGUGUAGUAAAUGUUUCUUCAGUUUCUUGUUCAGCCAAUGAGGAAAGGGCAUUGCCUUUCUUUUUACCAUUAAUCACUUCUCAAUAAACGUGAGAUCCUGUUGAGCAUCA